AUGCAGGCUUCGGUUCACAAAUAUUGUACUAAUCCCACAUUCAGGGACAAAAUCGAGCGUCAUAUCGAGAAUAUGAUAGCUGACGACAACUUACCGUCUAAAAAGGCUAUAUACGUAUGUUUUGGGAUUUCUAUGAAUUGUUUGUACCUAAAAUAACUUAAAAUGGUAUUCUGACAAAAAGUUAUACUUAAAAUGAUGUGCUGACAAACAAUUUAUACCUAAUUUUAUGUUGUCAAAAAUGAUACUUAAAAUGAUAUGCUGACAAGAAACAUGAAGUAUAUUGGUAUUAGGACAAACACUUUUUUUUAAUUCCUAGACAUACAAUUUUUUAUAUUACAUCCCAAAAUAAUAUUUUCGAAAAAUGUAGUUAAAAACAGAAUUAAUGUUAAAGACUAUUUGAAAUAAAAAAAAACUAAAAACGCCAUGUUUUAGUACCGCAACAUUGUGUGUCAACUAAUAAAGGACCUGGGUGGUGAAUAUAACUAUGUCCCUCAACGUGAAGUAGCCGAUGGAUUCCUGAAGAAAGCGAAACAAGAUUCAUUGACAAAAGUAAGUUUUUUUUUAUAAAUUUUAAUAGAUUUUGCACGGUGCAGUGGAAAAAAAGAUUGCACUGUGCAGAUUUUGAAAACAGUGGUUUGAAAAGUGCCUGACCUUUUUUUCUUAUGAUGACAUUAUAGGCUUCUGUAGACAUAUUCGGAAUGAAUUUCAACGCAGCAAUAAUGGAAAUGAAGUUUGAGUUACUAAUCCAGGGUUCAAAUAAUAACCGACAGGUCAAAAUACAGUAUCCUAUUGAAGGUAAGGCGGUUUUUAUGGUGAAUAGUAUAGUGAGAGCAUUUCCAAUUAAUGUUGGUAUAGCUACAAUAUUUUUUAUGUGAAUACUCGAGUUAGUAUUGAAAAAAAUUUUGUCGUUUUUUACAUUGAACAUAAUGUACUUUGACUUUUUUCACGUAUCGGUAUUAAAAAAGAACGUAUUUUACCUAUUCUAUUAGGUUUUUCAUAUAAUUCUGUGCUCUCUGCGCCCCCCGAAAAUUUUAGAGGGGCACAUAAUUACUUGAACAACCUAACACUUUGAAAAUUAAAAAAUAGGUAAUAAAGCACUUUUUCAGCUCUACUAGACUUCCAUUACCACUUCAUAGUGGCCAUAAAUGAACAACUUUCCAAACCGAAGCCAGAACCAAUACCGGUCGCAUUCAAGCCCCCGCCGGCACAAAAGAAGCCCCCACCACCGAAGCAGGUACAACAAGAACCACUUUCAUCUGAUGACGACUUUGAUUUCCCAAAUUUCGCAAAUCCAAAUGCUAUUCACGCGUCGGUACAACACAGUGAAAAGAUUGCCACUUUUAGUGAUCACUACUAUAGGAAGCCGAUCCAAGAGCCGGAUUAUUAUGUCAAGGUGGAGAUGUUACAGGUAAGACAUCUUGUAGAAGAGACAGUAUACUAUAAAAUGUCAAAAACUCUUGUUAUGAUGACAUAAUUCCUCAAACUUAUAAAAGUGAUGUUAUUAUUGUCCAAAAUUUAUAAAAAAUAAUGACAAAAUCCCAUUUCCAGUACUACAAGAACCCACUAAUGGCAAAGCACGAGUUCGGCGCCGACCUAGAACAAUGGAAGCAAACCGGCGUCUGUGAUGGCCGAGUACCCGCUAGCCAAAUAGGAAUUGAACUAAAAUACUCAGCCCACACGAACCGAGCGGCCAGAGAAGAAGCGAAGGCAAAGGCCAUCAAAGAGUGGAUCAAGAACGGUCGAAAAGGACCAAAACCGACGGCACGAAUGGAACAACCACGCCAAAACCUAAUGGGAUUAGGCUUGGAUAACUUUGGACAAGAUGAUGGACUAACUCCUGAGAAUAGUGGACUAACUUGUGAGAAUGAUGGACUGAGUAUGAAUUCAGUGAAUAAUGGGCUGAAUAUGAAUUCUGUGAAUAAUGGGUUCAUUCAGAACCAUAUGAAUGCAAUCACGGAUGAUCGACCUUGUAGUAGUAUUGCUGGUAAGGACAACACUCGGAUAUAUAAGGAUAUAUCAUGUUUUUGGCUAAAAUAAUGUUGUGUUUGGCUAGCUUUAGAUUUUAGUAUUACGUGCCAUUAUUUUUGCAUCAUUUUAUAAUGAUUUUUGUGUUAAAAAAGUCUUGUCGUUUUUUAGCGUUGCAGUACAUGUAAUUCCAAGAUUUUUUGGCCCUUCAAUAUAAAAAUAAAAUUAGUAAAAGUUGCCGAAAAGCUCCAAAAAAUGAACUGAAAACUUAUGUAUAACAUCCCCUUUUUCAGACAGUGGAGUAUUCAGUUGGAGUGGCAACUCAACCGGCACCUACAACACUCGCCGUCCUUCAUCAGCAGCCAGCAAUCAACUCUCACACGGACUCAGCACCAUGACUCUGACCGAACCAAAACCGACAGUCGAAUGGGACAGUGACGAUGAGGAAGGCUUUGUCGUUCAACAAAAGCCCAAAGCUAAGCCUAAACCAACCCAAAAGAAGACAGCAGAAGUAGUGAAGCCAGUAGAAAGGCCGGUCAGAGAUGGAUGGCAGGUUUCGAAUCGAAGGCAAGGCAAAAAGGCCUGGUCCUGA